AUGGAGUCACUCGAGAAGUUGAAUGCCGCAACGACACUAGCGGCAAGUAAGAAAGACAAAGUAGAGAAAGCCAUGUUUUCUCUCUUCGCUGAGUGGAAGAGUCUACGAGACGUAGAUUCUUCCGCUCAGCGUUUGUUACAAGAUUGUUUCACCGACAUUCAGUCGAGAGAGCAACGACUGAAUGCGGUGCAACAAUCUGUCACGAGUCGCGGUAAAGUUCUUGACGAGAGAAUAGAGGAAUUUGAGGGUAAAAAAAAGCGGUUUGUGGUGAUGUAUGAGGAGAAGAGCAAGGAGUUGAAGUUGGGGAUGAAGAAGUUUGAAUUUUGUAAGGGUUUUAUAGAUAGGAAGAUGAAGGCUUUCGAUUCGAGAGAAGAUGAGAUUGAGGAGAAGAAGAAGUUGAUUGAGGAUGUUUUCGAGAAGUUUUGUUUGGAGAUGAGUGAAUUUGAGAAGAUUAAGGGGUUGGUGGAGGGGAGACUUGAGGAGGUUAAGUUGAUGGAGAAGAAUAUUGAGGAUAGGGGAAUUGAAUUGAAUAGGAUUUUGGUUGAGUUUGAUGAGAAAUUGAAGAAUGUGGUAGAGAAGGAGAAACAACUUGAAGUUAAGGAGAAAAGUAUCGAAAAUCGAGAGAGUAAACUAGAGAGGAUUUCGUUUGAGUUGGAUGUGAAAUUGAAGAAUGUGGUUGAGAAAGAGAAAGAACUUGAAUUAAAGGAGAGGGAUAUUGAAAAUCAAGAAACCAAACUAAACAAGGACUUGGUUGAGUUUGAUGUGAAAACGAAGAACUUGAUGUUGAAGGAGAGGGAUAUUGAAAAUCGAGAAAUUAGACUAGAUAAGGACUUGGUUGAGUUUGAUGUUAAAAGGAAGAACGUAAUGGUGAAGGACUUAGAAUUACUUGAGUUGAAGGAGAGGGAUAUUGAAAAUCAAAGAAACAAACUAGAUAGGGACUUGGUGGAGUUUAAUGAGAAGAUGAAGAAUGUGGUUGAGAAGGAGAAGGAACUUGAGUCAAAGGAGAAGUGGUAUGAAAAUCGCGACAUUGAACUAGAAGGGGCUUUGGUUGAGUUUGAUUUGAUGAAGAAAAAUGUGGAAGAGAGGGAAAGAGAAGUUAAAGCCAAGGAGAGGAGUUUAGAAAUGCGAAAAACUAAACUAGACAGGGUUGAGGUUGAACGUGAUGAGAAGAUGAAGAAUGUGGUGAAGAAGGAGAAAGAACUUGAAUUUAGGGAGAGGCGGAAAUAUGAUGAGAAGAGAAGUAAGAAAGUGGAAAGUAGGGGGAGAUCUGGUCAUGUUAGAUCAUAUGACCAAGAUUUGAGUAGGGAAUAUAAUUGCCAGAAAGAAGAUUUGAAUUUGGAAAAAAAAGCGGUCCACAAGAGGGUAAGGGAGAUUGAAACCAAAGAGAAGUACCUUAAAGAAUGGGUGGAAACGAUUGAUUUGAAGGAGAAAGAAGUUGAUAUGAAGAUUGUCUCAAAUGAAGACAGAUCCAAGGAGCUUGACAUCAAGGAAAAAGAACUUGAUGACCAUUUGAAAGAAUCUGAAUUAAUAGUGAAGCAGAUGAAAGAAUGGGUAAAAAAUAUUGAUUCGAAGGAGAAGGAAAUUAAUUCAGUGAGGAUUUUGAAUGAAGAAAGGUGCAAGAAACUUGAUUUAAUGGAGAAAAGUAUUUAUGAUAGGUUGAAUGUAUUAAUUAUGCAAGAACAGCACUUACAAGAUCGCGGAAAAGGUUUGGAGGCAAAGGAGAAAGAAAUUGAAUUAUUCAGAAUUUCAUGCGAAGAAAGAUGCAGGAAACUUGAGUUGGAGAAGGAAAAACUUGAACAUCAGAUUCAAGAACUCGAAGUGAAAAACAAACAAUUAAGCAAAGUUGAUCUUUCAAUUGUAAAACCUGAGCCAUGGAGCGAUGAUGGUUCAUACGCAGAUAUAAGAUUUUCUAUUACUAUGGAUGGAAAGAAUUUGCUCUUGUAUUUGAUCAACCAUAAAAGUGAUCAUACUUCUUCAGUGACUGAUGAAGUUUACAAGGCACUCAGGCUAUCAAUGGAUCCUGCAAAAAUUGUUCUAAACGCAAUGCAAGACUUUUACGUGAUAAAAGAAGAUGAGGAGUUUGAAGAGGAUGUAGUUUGUAGGAGCAGCAUUCUUUUGUUGGAACAGUUGAGGAGAAUUUCUCCCCAUGUUCAGUCAUACCAUAAAAAAGCAGCACUGGAACUUGCAAGUAAGUGGAAAGCGAAAAUGAAGAGCUCGACGGAGGUUGUGGUCUUCUUGCAGCUUUUAGCUUCCUACACUUUGAGGUCUGCUUUUGUACCAGAAGAGUUCUCAAGUCUCUUUGAGUUUAUCAGUCCACAGACACAGAUUGCAGAGUCAUUGCAGCUCCUUGGCUACACAGAUAUAAUCACUGAUUGUAUUGAAGCCAUGAUAAAAGAGAAGAAGCAUGUGAAAGCUGUUAGCUAUGUUUGUGCAUUCGGGCUUCGGGACAAGUUCCCACCGGCAACGCUCCUGAAAGACUUUCUAAAAGACUUGUUGAGAAAUGCUCUAGAGAAAGAGGCCAUAGACAAUGUCGUGGUUUCACUCCAUCAGGCCCUUGCAUGCAUUUUUCGCUACAAUCUUGAAUCAGAAUAUGCUCCGGAAUGCAUUGAAAUUGUCAUUCAACAGCUUGUACAGAAGAGGAACCUUGAAAAAGUGAAGUUAUUAGCCUCUAUCAAUGAUGCAGAACAACAACAGGACGCUGCAAAAAAUUGCAAAUCAUACAUAUCUUCACCAGAGCCAACUGAAAGUUGCACUACUUGGCUUGAUCACGAAACUGAUGACAUGGCUGUAAUCCUUGGCAACAUGGACGGAAAAAGUUUGCAGCUUUUUCUGAAUGAAAAUGUGGAAGAUCAUGGACUGAUAUGUAAUUAUGUCUUCAAUAGCCUCAAGGUAUCAAGGGAGCCUGCUAAGCUUGUAUUGGAUGCCAUUCAAGGAUAUUUCGAGAUGGGAGAUAAACAAUUUAAGUCCCCUGCUUUCAUGAGAAGUUGCAUUCUUUUGCUGGAGCAACUGAUGAAGCUGUCACCAGAGAUCAAGCCCGAGGUAAAAGAGGAUGCUAUGAAACUCGCGCUUGAAUGGAAGGAGACGACGAGGACGCCUCUUGAAAUCUUGGGCUUCUUGCACCUUAUAACGGCCUAUGGCCUAAAUUCAAAUUUUGAGCGCAGUGAGCUUGAGGGAUUCUUUGAAACUGUUUCAUACCUGCCUCAUGCUCCUCAAUUAUGUCGACUCGUUCGAUUCUCAGAAGUGACUUCAAAUCAUGCCAUGGUAUCUUCAAGUAAUUGCCAUUGGCAUCACAAAAACUCUUCAGGCCUCAAAAUGCAGGAAAACACAAGCAGUAGAGCAAGCCUAAUUCAGUCGGAGAAUUCAGUUAAGCUUGUUCUGGAUGCUAUGCGGAGCUGCUAUCACUCAAACCUGAAUAGUAAUAGAAGAGUAAAGUUGUAUGUGGUGAAGAGUUUUGUAAAUUUGAUGGAGAAAUUAUUGAAAACGCCACAACAAGUUCAACCUCUUGUCCGAGAAGCAGGUCUGAAGUUUGCACUUGAGUGGAAAACACGGCUUGUGGAAGAGAGGAGUAAGAACCCAAUGGAGGUGCUCGGAUUUUUUUACCUCUUAGCAAUCUGCAAAGUGGCUUCUUCAGUUGAUUCAGACGAGCUUCUUGGUCUUUUUGACGCGAUUUAUGUGCAAAGAAAAGCCCCUGACAUGGUUCGGUUGCUAGGGCUGGAACACAAAAUUCCUGGUUUUAUAAAAGGGCUCAUGAAGAAGGACCGGCUUCAGGCCAUCCGAUACAUUUAUGAGUUUAAUCUUGUUGGGAAGUUCCGGCCAGUAUCUAUCCUAAAAGAUCACAUAUGCUCCCACAAUUUGCUUUCUGCAAAUACACGAUGGAAGAGAAUUUCUGAUGAAUCACAGGGCAAGGCCAUAAGCAAACAACUGGCCUCUGUUAAGGAAGUUGUCAAAUGCAUCAAGGACCAUCAGCUUGAGAUCGAAUAUCCUCCUCAUAAUCUUUUAGCACGAAUCAAGCAGCUAGAAGAGCUUAUGCCUAAGAAGUCAGGAAGGAAACGACAUGCUUCAGGCUCAGAUCUUCGCCUUGAAGCUCAAACGCAAUGGCAUAACAGGAAGCAUCCGCGCAUUGAACCGCUAGUAGGAUCUUCCUUAAAUGUUCCACCUGCUUUUCUCUCAAUGACAGAUGUUAUUGGCUGA